AUGGAUUUUCCAAGCGCGUCUCAAUUUGAUGUCUGGAACCGCAUGGUUAAGUCUGGUGCCACUGGAGACUCCUUGGCUCAAGCAUAUGCGGAUACGAUUCAGGAUGUUCUGGAAAAUGUGGGAAAUGAACGAGUGACAGCCUUUAUACAAGCUCCAGCUGUGAAUCCCUCUGCACCAUCCAAUAUAUACAUCGAAUGCUAG